AUGGCAAAAGACGAUCCGAAUAAGCCACCAACAAUUCCAAGUGGUUGGCUCGCAAAGUUUGAUGAUAAAUACAAGACAUGGUUCUAUGUUGACUUAUCGACAAAGAAAUCACAGUGGGAUGCGCCAAAGGGAACUGUUUUUGACAAGGAUGAUGAUGUUCCACCUCCAGCUUACAGCCCUACUGCAUCCAAAGCAGGUACAGCAUCACCAAAUUCUUCCAAACUGAGUGUUCCUGCAAAGGACGAGCAAGGCAAAGGUUUGUUCAACCGUCAUCAACAACAAGCAGGUUAUGGUGGUGCAGGUGGUGUACCACCUCGCGCACAAUAUCCUUCCCAACCAGGCUACGGUGGCUAUCCACCUCAACAAGGGUUCGGAGGUUACCCUCCACAAGGUUAUGGAGGUUAUCCACCUCAGGGUUACGGAGGUUAUCCACCACAAGGAUAUGGACAAUACCCACCACAACAGCAACAACAAAGAAGUAGAUUUGGUGGUGGGGCAGGUAACAUGGCAUUAGGAGUCGGUGGUGGUUUACUAGGAGGUAUGCUUCUUGGAAGUGCCAUAAAUGAUUGGGACGAUCACGAGAGGAUGGAAGGGUAUCAAGAUGGUUACCAAGAUGGUUACGAUAAUGGUGGUGACUAUGGUGGAGGCGACUUUGGCGGUGGUGACUUCGGUGGUGGUGAUUUUUAA